AGAAGAUUACGACGAUCUUACAAAUUCACAUGCAAUAACUUUUUUCGUGGAUUCUAUUUUAAAGUUUAGUAGUUUUACGGUUCAGAUCCAACUCCAUUUGAGCUCUUUAUCCUAAAUUAUUUUCAUAUUUGGUUUUAAAUGACGUUUUUGCCUAUGCAACUUAAAGAAACGACAGAAAUCGAUAGAAUAUCUGAAUCACAAACAAAGAGAUAGCGCCAGUCAUCUUUUUGACUUGCUUCCUGUGUUGUGAAUUAUUCUCCACAUGAUUUGGUAGAUAGUUUAAUUUACGAAAACGUGCGGCAAUUGAACCAAGAUAAGGAUGGGGAAGCCAAAGAAAGGGAAAAAGAAGGACGCUGAUUGGGAGGAUGAUGUGCUCAAUGAUCUUGAAUCAUUAAAGGAGGACGGACUAGACAAAGAAAAUGGUGCAAGUGAACCUAAGGGAAACAAAAAUGCUGGUGGCAGGUUUCAAGGUCUUGAUAUUGAAGAUGAUGGGGUCAUGGAAGCUGAUGGAAAUGACGAUGAAUUGGAAACAGUGACAAGUUCAAAGAAAAAUAAGAAAGACAAAAAAAAGAAACAAGGUGAAACUGAAACAGAAAUUGAACAAAUUGCUUCCAAGGACGAUGGCAAAAGUGAAAAUGAUACUUUGGAGAUAAAUAAUGAUAAUGAGAUUCUAGAUGAACCUAAUGUCACCACAUCUAAAAAGUCCAAGAAGAAAAAGAAAGACAAAAAGGAUUUUGACUUUGAUUUGGAGGAAGAUUCUGGAGAUGACGAAGUGAAACCUGUUCCAAAGCAAGAUACUGCAGCUCCGAAACCUGACACUAAUCCUGAUGAUUCUGGUGCCAUAAUAAAAACAGCUGCACAAAAAAGAGCUGAAAAGAAAGAAAGGGAGAAAAAGAAAAAAGAAGCUGAAAAAGCCAAGGCAAAAGCAAAAGCUACAAAAGAGGCAAGUAAAGGAGAAACCAAGGAGGAUGACAAGAGUGGAGAGGGGACUGGUGAGACCCAAGCUGAAACCAGCCAUGAAGAUAAGGGAGAAGGUGCAGGUGACAUGGAAGCUGACAAGACAGUACCUGAUAACCUGGAAGACAAGGCCGAAGACCAAGAAGGUGAAGAGGAUGGAGAGGAAAAAGAUAAAAAGAAAAAGAAAAAGAAGAAAAAAGGAGAGAAAGAAGAGAAGAAAGUGAAGAAGCCCAACAAGGCCUUGGUGAAACAGAUGCAGGAGCAGCUGGAGAAGCUCAAGGCUGAGGAAGAACGAAGGAAACAGGAAGAGGAAGAGAAACAAAGAGCUCUUGAAGAGGCAGAGAACAGGAGACUUGAGAAGCUAAGACUUGAACAGGAAAGGAAAGAGAAGAAAAAACAGAAAGAGAAGGAGAAGAAAGAGAGGCUUAAAAAGGAAGGAAAACUCCUCACUAAAUCACAGAGGCAACAGCGAGCACAAGCUCAAGCCAUGUUAGAUUCGAUGAAAAAACAAGGUCUAAUCAACAUUCCGGCCCUGAAUCAACAAGAACAGGAUGGAGUGAGGAAGCCAGUGAGGUAUGGCACAAAAAAAUCAAAGAAACAGCAACAGCAGCAGCAACAGGAACAAGAUCAGGAAGAAACAGUGCAGGCUGAGGCCGAGGAUAUUGGUUACCCAAAACCAGAAACAACUGAAAGUGCAACUGUUGGAGAGGAAGACAAGAAAUCUGAUGAGCUGCAGGAUGAUGACACUGAAAACGAUGAACAAGAAGAAGACAAGGAAGAGGAAGAUGAAGAAGACGAGGAAGAAGAUGAGGUUAAGGAUUCCUGGGAUGUUGAUUCUGAUGAAGAAACAGAGGAAAGCACUGCUGGUAAAGAUUCUAAUGCCAAACCAGCCGACACCGUUCAGGUGGAAGUCAAAGAGCCCACAGAUGUAGCUGCUGAGAGUGAAGAAGAAUCUGAGGAGAGUGAGGAAAGUGAAGAAGAAAGUGACUCUGAGGAAAAUGACGAUGACAGUGACAGCGAAGAAGAGUCGGACGACGAGGAAAGCAAAACAGAGACUGUAUGGGAAAGAAUACAGAAAAGGCAUGUGAGAGCAGAAGCCAACCGCAGCACGGACAACUUGCGAUCUCCUGUUAUCUGUGUACUAGGGCAUGUGGACACCGGAAAAACAAAGAUUUUAGAUAAGAUUCGUCACACCCAUGUUCAAGACGGAGAGGCGGGUGGGAUCACGCAACAGAUCGGUGCUACUAUGGUCCCUGUAGACGCCAUCAGAGAGCAGACGAAGAUGAUUAAAGACUUCCAGUCUUUUGACAUUAAGCUUCCUGGUCUUCUUAUCAUCGACACACCAGGGCAUGAGUCUUUCAGUAAUUUACGUUCCCGAGGUUCAUCACUGUGUGAUAUGGCCAUUUUAGUGGUAGACAUCAUGCACGGCUUGGAACCACAAACCAUCGAGUCACUCAACCUGUUGAAGAAGAGGAAGACUCCUUUUGUUGUGGCGCUGAAUAAGGUUGACAGGCUGUUCGAAUGGAAGCGAGGACCUAAUUCUGGCAUCGUAGACACGAUUAAGAAACAGAAGAAGAACACCAAGCAAGAGUUUGAUGAACGAGUGCAGAUCGUAAUCAAAGAGUUUUCUGAGCAGGUCAAAUCACUGCCUGGUCUCGGUACCACCAUAGAUUUAAUCCUGGUGAAUGGGAAACUCAAAGAAGGGGACACAGUUAUUGUGGCUGGAAUUGAGGGUCCCAUUGUGACCCAAAUUAGGGCCCUUCUCACCCCUCAGCCCCUCAAAGAGUUGCGGGUCAAAAACCAGUAUAUUAACAAUAAGGAGCUGUUGGGGGCCCAGGGAGUUAAAAUUGCUGCUAAGGACCUGGAAAAGGCCCUAGCUGGUAUACCACUGUUUGUUGCCCAGCAACCAGAUGAGGUGGAUUAUUGGAAGAAUGAAGUGGCCAAUAUACUACGCGACACUCUACAAUCUAUCAAGCUGUCUGAUCGUGGUGUGUAUGUACAGGCCUCUACGUUAGGAUCUUUGGAAGCCUUGCUUGAAUUUCUGCGCACAUCAAAAAUUCCCUACUCCGGAGUGAACAUCGGUCCAGUUCACAAGAAGGACAUCAUGAAAUGUUCCACCAUGUUGGAGCACGAUAGCCAAUACGCUGUGAUCCUGGCCUUUGAUGUACGGAUAGAGAGAGAGGCACAAGAAAUGGCUGACAAUUUGGGCGUGAGAGUGUUUUCCGCAGACAUCAUUUACCACUUGUUUGAUAAAUUUACAGCUUAUAGAGAGGAUCUAAAACAAAAGAAGCGAGAAGAGUUCAAACACAUCGCAGUGUUUCCAUGUAAGCUUCGAAUCAUGCCACAGCAUAUCUUUAACUCUCGUGGCCCGAUUGUCGUCGGCGUGGUCGUGGAGGCUGGUGUCAUAAAGGAAGGGACACCAAUAGCGAUUCCAAGCAAAGAGUUUUUGGACAUCGGUGUCCUUACUGGUAUUGAAGCAAACCACAAGCCACUUACUGAAGCUCGUAAAGGAAUGGAGGUGUGUGUCAAGAUCGAGUCGCCCCCAGGAGAAGCUCCCAAAAUGUAUGGGCGGCAUUUCGAUGACACGGACCUGUUGGUCAGUAAGAUAAGCCGGGAAUCUAUCGAUGCUGUGAAGGAGUACUUCAGAGAAGAUCUACAGAAAUCCGACUGGCAGCUCAUGAUCGAACUCAAGAAAAUCUUUGAAAUUAUAUAAAUAUAGAUUAAAGAGUGUUCAGAGACUUUAAAUUUUCAAUUGUAUGUCAUGCCCUUAGUGGCCUGGGAUCUGAUUGCAUCUCUUAAGUGUCAAGAAUCUUUAAGAAAGCUUGGUUGUGGGGGAAGAGUGAUGGUUGUUUUUGCAACAACCUCUGGUGUCACGAUUUAAUUUUCUGUCCACCCUAAACAACUGAGUGCAUUACAGGUAACAUUUUGGACCAUGGUACAUGAAACUCUGACUUAAAGGACAAUCGUUGCUCAAUAAUUUAUAAUUACCUAGUUAAAGAAGUGCGUUGUGUGGCUGAUGUUCCAUACUGAGUCCUCUAUGAGUACAAGACUCCUGUAUUGUACGUUGUAAGCCUUAAUUUUUCGGCUUGAAGAACCUGCUUCGGGACUAGAAAAAUGUCUCUUGCUUGGGAGAGUACCCUUGGUAAAGUUCAUAAAACAAGGGCUGUAAGGUGAUUUUUUCAGUUGGUACCAAAGUUUGACGAAGUCGAGUCCUUUGAGUGAAGGUGUGCACAAAAUAAAGGAAUCCUCUAAGAGAGGUUCCAGUAAAUGACAACCAGUACUGUGUCACAUUGUGCAGUUUAUUAAGGGUGCUAGUUGCCGAGACUUAUCAAAUACUUUCCAACUAAAUGUUCAGAUACGUAAGAUGUUUUGUAGCUAAGUCAGACAAUUAAUGCUCCAUUAAAAACCCGCAAAAUUUGGC